AAGUCCACCCUUCGCCACUCCUGCACUCCACGCCAAACAAACCCUUCCUCCGUCUCCCUCUACCGCAUCGCCUCCUCCUCGCCCCCAACCGAUCUCCAUUGACGACCAAUCUCGAUCGGAGGUUUAGGGCUAGGAUCCGCGAGGAGGCGCGACGGGGACGGGAAAAAGAUGAGAUGAGAUCGAACCCCUGGCUGAUGCGUUUGAGUAUCGACGCUGCUUCUGGGUGGGGUUUCGCGCAUGGAUAGGGCGAGGGGGGCGUCGGCCGCAGCGGGAGGCUCGGAAGCUCUGGUCGCGACGCUGACGAACGCGGUGCAGGCGCUCGGGCGGGGGUUCGACGUCACCUUAGAUGCGCGGCUCCUCUACUGCAAGGGUGCCCCUGGGUCCCGCCUCGUCGUGCUCGACGACGCCAGCAGUAGGAGCUUGGUCAUCGCCGACGGAGACUGUGCCGGGGGCGAGAUCGUGCUCCCUGAUGUGCCCUUGGACAUUACGAUCACGAUGGAGAGCGACCGGCGAGAGCCCUCCGGCGUCUGUACUUUUCAACAGAUGGCUGAGUAUUUCAACAGGAAGUCGGAUUUGCCUGGAACAAUUCCUCUUGGCAGCUUUAACUCUAUGUUCAAUUUCACUGGAUCUUGGAAAGUUGAUGCUGCAACAACCAAAGCUCUUGCAAUGGAUGGUUUUUACAUCCCUUUAUACAAAGCUAAACUUAUAAGUGAUGAAUUGGUUCUCCGAGAUGAUAUCAAGUGUGCUAUUCCUCGCAAUUGGGACCCAUCGAUGUUGGCUAGCUUUAUUGAGAACUUUGGCACCCAUAUAAUCACAUCGGUUACAAUUGGUGGAAAAGAUGAAGUGUAUAUUAAGCAGCACCAUUCAUCUCAGUUAUCAGAGUCAGAAAUUAAAAACUAUGUUAAAGAAAUUGGGGACCAAAGGUUCUUGAAUUCACAGAAUCAAUCAUUUAAUGCUCCUUUGACCUACAAAGACAAGGAUAUUACUGUUAUCUUUCGGAGGAGAGGCGGUGAUGAUCUUGUUCAAAAUCAUGCAGAGUGGUUGAGCACCAUUUCUGCAGCACCAGAUGUUAUCAAUAUGACCUUUCUCCCCAUUGUUUCUCUUCUGACUGGAUUACCUGGAGCUCAGAAUCUAGUUCGUGCUGUUGACCUAUAUUUAGAGUAUAAGCCUCCUAUAGAAGAACUAACAUAUUUCUUGGAGUUCCAAGUACAAAGAAUUUGGGCUCCUGCACGAGUUAAUGCUCCUGGACACCAUAGAAAGGAGCCCAUGUGUCCUUCUCUUCAGUUUAGUUUAAUGGGCCCUAAGCUUUAUAUUAGCACAGAACAGGUAUCUGUUGGUCGCAAACCUGUCACUGGCCUUAGGCUAAGUCUUGAAGGGAGCAAACAAAACCGGUUAGCCAUCCAUUUGCAGCAUUUUGCAACCCUACCAAAGAUCCUCCUACCACAUUGGGACUCGCAUGUUGCCAUUGGCCCACCGAAAUGGCAAGGCCCUGAGGAGCAGGACAGUCGCUGGUUUGAACCCAUCAAGUGGAAAAAUUUUGCCCACGUCAGCACCACACCCAUUGAGAGUUCUGAAAGAAGCAUUGUUGACCUCUCCGGGGUGUACAUAGUAACCGGAGCUCAACUUGGGGUGUGGGAUUUUGGUGCCAAGAGUGUCCUACACCUCAAACUGUUGUUCUCUAGGGUGCCUGGGUGUACCAUAAGGAGAUCUGUAUGGGAUCACAGUCCAUCUACUAGCCAGGUACGGAAGGUAGAGGAUACAUCUUCUUCCACUUCAGUAGAUAACUCCAAGCUCGCAAAGAUUGUUGACAUGACAGAGAUGUUGAAGGGACCACAAGAUACUCCAGGCCACUGGUUGGUAACUGGAGCCAAGUUAGGGGUCGAGAAAGGGAAGAUUGUUGCGCGUGUUAAGUAUUCCUUGUUGAACUAUUGAUUCCCCUACCUUUUCGUUAUCCAGUUUAUAUUCAGUCCUCUGAGGCAUUCUUUGUAAUGGAUAGCAGUGUCAUUUUGUUCCUUUUGUACAUUGUUAUAUGCAAAAGCUAGUUAACACACCCCCUUGUGGUUGUUUUUCUUACUUUUCAUUUGUAUGGUCUUGUUGUUGCUUGUAUUCUAGGAAGGCUUCAUUUUUAUGUAUAACAUGAAAACAGUUCAUUUUGAUGUUUUCUU